AAGGCACCAACAGCCGAAGAAGACUGUCUACGUCACUCACUCCGGUCAGUUUCCUCUGUCGUGUCCUGGUCGCCAGCCUUUAACUCACUGUCACCGGAUUAUUUUUUUUAGAAGUAACUUUAAGUAUUCCUGGAUUUUUAAAUUAUUCAGUUGUUGUGUGACGUCACGGUUGCUGGUGGCUUUUUUAACUUCCGUGUUCGGCGGACACUAACGGCUGAGCUAACUGAGCUAACAGAGCAGAAGCUGGAAAAAGAGGAGAAAAAAAGAAAACACGGCUUCAACAAGGGUCCUUGUCCAACUGAACCACAUGUCCUCAUCUCAUGUGAGAGGAGCGAGAAUCACAGGUGGCGCCGCAGAGCAGCCCACAGUGAGGAGCGAGUGUCAUAAUGAUCCGUUUGUUCUUCACCAGCCCGGGGUCUCAUCCGCUCGCUCCGACCCGGUCAUGAUGAAGACGGCCAGGAUGGAGCUGCUGCGGGCGCUGAUCACUCAGUGUUUGUCUGCAGCCGCCGAGGAGAUCUUCAGAAUCGCUGAGAGGACCAUGGCCGAGUUUGAGGAGGAGGUGCAGUCCUGCUCCAAGUGGGUGGUGGAUGAAGACCACAGGCUGCUGGACAUGGCAAGGACACGAGCCGAAGAAAACGCUCUCCAGAUGACAGACGUUGAUCUGAGACUCCAGCCUCCUGCUGACAUGGACUUGAGCUGUGAGGAUCUGGGUGACACCGGGUCGGACCUUCACUCGUCUGCUGCGGCCGACGGCGAUGAAAGCGAUCAGGAGAUACUCAUGGACAUCAACAGUCGAGACGCAGUUUUGAAUCCAACCAAACCGUUUCACUGUCCCAUCUGCUACCGCGGCUUCUCCUAUAAGAAGACCAUGGUCCGACACUUGAAGAAGCACCCGGAGGAGAAGUCGUCAUACUGCUGUCGCCUCUGCCAGAACUCCUUCUGCCGCAAGUCUGACUUCAUCUACCACCUGAGGAAACACGAAGGCCCUAAACCCUACAAAUGCCAGUACUGCGAGAAAAGCUUUGAGCAGAAGGAGAGUCUGUUCGCUCACAGACGGAAACAUGUUGGAGAAAGUCCAAACCAGACCCUGUCCCAGAACAGAGACACAGAACUGCUGGUGAAACCUGUGAUCAAAGCGGAAAAAGCGAAGGUGGUCCAGGACGAGUCCAGCGCCAGAACUUCUCCACUGACAGUGACCUCCUACGACAGCAGCGAGUUUGAGCAGGAGUCUCUGCAGCCGCUCCGUCUCUAUCAGAUCCAGACGGUGGUGGACAUCGACGAAGACUCUGCAGAAGAGCUGGCCAGGAAUCACCUCAGAACAGAACCCAUCAGAACUGUCAAACCAAGGUCAGCAGAGGUCGAGCUCACAGACCAGCUGCUUCCUUCUGCCGUUGCCCUCAGCGAGGCGGGGUCCGAUCCAAACAGACUUGGGCCCAACCAGAUCCUGUGCACGAGGCGAACGGGUCAGACCACUAAAGUCCUGGUGCAGUUUGAGGAGGGGACGGCAGAGAAACCGUACAAAUGUCCCUGCUGCACCAAGUGUUUCUCCCUGACCAAGACGCUGCUGCGACACGUGAGGAUCCACACGGAGGACAAGCAGUACGAGUGUCGCUUCUGUGGACGCAUCUUCUGUCAGAAGUCAGAGCUGGUCAGUCACACCAGGGUCCACACCGGAGAGAGACCGUACCGCUGCAACCAGUGUGACCGCUCCUUCACACAGAACAGCAACCUGGUGUCGCACCUGAAGAAACACGCUUUAGAGGACGGAACACAGUGAGUGGGGACCCCCCCCCCUCAGUCCCUAGAACAAUCAGACUGUCAUGCAGACAGAGACAUAUUCACCACCAACUUCACUGAAGCCAAGGACACGCCACAAGACAGAGCUCAGACUUACCCAUGUCACUGUCAGAGAGUGGGAGCUGACCCAGCUGGGUCAGGCCCAGAUCUGGUCUGACCCAGCUGGGUCAGGCCCAGAUCUGGUCUGACCCAUGGUGUGUUCAACAUGUGUAAAGACUGUGAAGGUCCCCAGCUUCAGCAGUGUGCUCUUCACUAACCUGUCGGUGUGGGUAGCCAAGUCAAACGGUUAUACAAAUAUGAAAAAAAAACAAAGCAUUAUUUUUUUAUGAUAUGGACUUUUAACUACACAAAGUGCUGCUAGUUAGAAACACUGACAGUGGAAAAUGUAAUGUUUAACA